AUGUUUGUAGGACUGUGUGAACUGGCUCAUCGUGAAUACCAGGCCGGAGAUUACGAGAACGCCGAAAGGCACUGCAUGCAGUUGUGGCGCCAGGACCCUAAUAACCUUGGCAUUCUUCUCUUGCUCUCUUCCAUACACUUUCAGUGCCAUCGCCUGGAUAAUACAUUAGCGUUGAAAGCGAAUCCUAUCUGCGCCGAAGCGUACAGUAAUCUUGGCAACGUUUACAAAGAACGUGGUCAAUUGAUGGAAGCUCUGGAGAAUUAUCGACAUUCGAUAAAACUGAAGCCAGACUUUGUUGAUGGCUACGUAAACUUAGCCGCGGCCCUGAUGGCUGCUGGUCAGUUGGAUCAGGCUGAUUUAUACUGCGUAAGGAGCGAUCUUGGAAACCUGUUAAAAGCAAUGGGUCGCUUGGAAGAAGCCAAGGCGUGCUAUUUAAAGGCGAUUGAGACUCAGCCUAGCUUUGCAGUUGCUUGGAGCAAUCUGGGUUGUGUGUUUAAUGCCCAGAAUGAGAUAUGGUUAGCAAUUCAUCACUUUGAAAAGGCCGUUCAAUUGGACCCUAAUUUUUUGGAUGCAUAUAUAAAUUUGGGAAAUGUGUUCAAGGAAGCCAGGAUUUUCGAAAGGGCUGUAGCUGCGUAUCUGCGCGCUCUCGCUUUAUCGCCGAGUCAUGCGGUCGUUCACGGAAAUCUGGCAUGCGUCUAUUACGAACAGGGGCUCAUCGACCUUGCCAUAGACACUUAUCGCAGAGCUAUAGAACUUCAACCUAAUUUUCCAGACGCCUACUGCAACUUGGCGAAUGCAAUGAAGGAAAAGGGCUUAAUCGCUGAAGCAGAAGACUACUAUAACACUGCUCUAAACUUGUGUCCUCACCAUGCCGAUUCUCUUAAUAAUUUGGCCAAUAUCAAAAGAGAGCAGGGCUUUAUCGAAGAGGCGACUCGCUUGUAUGUGAAAGCGCUGGAAAUUUUUCCUGAAUUCGCAGCCGCCCAUUCCAACCUGGCCAGUAUCUUACAACAGCAGGGGAAGCUGAACGAAGCGAUUCUGCAUUACAAGGAAGCGAUUCGCAUCGCACCGACGUUCGCUGAUGCUUAUUCGAACAUGGGAAACACCUUAAAGGAGAUGGGUGAUAUUCAAGGGGCGCUGCAGUGCUACACCCGAGCCAUUCAAAUCAACCCGGCCUUCGCAGACGCACAUAGCAAUCUAGCUUCCAUUCACAAAGAUUCCGGUAACAUACCUGAAGCCAUACAGUCAUACCGAACAGCGCUGAAGUUGAAGCCUGAUUUUCCUGAUGCGUACUGCAAUCUAGCACACUGCCUGCAAGUGAUUUGUGAUUGGACGGAUUACGACGCCCGCUUGCAGAAGAUUGUCGAUUUCGUUGAGGAUCAGUUGAAAAAGAAUAGAUUGCCUUCAGUACAUCCGCACCAUUCAAUGCUAUAUCCGCUGAGCCAUGCCCAGCGUAAGGGUAUUGCCGCUCGUCACGCGCAGCUUUGUUUGGAGAAGGUCAGCGUUUUGCACAAGUUGCCAUACCAAUAUCCACGGGAUUUGUCGGCCAGCAGGGGACGACUUCGGAUUGGGUACGUGUCGUCUGAUUUCGGCAACCACCCGACCAGUCAUCUGAUGCAGUCGAUACCGGGAAUGCAUAAUAGACAGCGAGUUGAAAUAUUUUGCUAUGCGCUCAGUGCCGACGAUAACACGAACUUUCGGAGGAAGGUUUGUGCAGGUGCUGACCACUUCAUCGAUUUUUCACAGGUCAGCGAUAAUGGAAAAGCUGCUGACAGAAUCGCUGCUGACGGCAUACAUAUUCUCGUGAACAUGAAUGGUUAUACAAAAGGGGCUCGAAACGAAAUCUUCGCUUUACAACCAGCGCCAAUUCAAGUUAUGUGGUUGGGAUACCCCGGUACGAGUGGUGCUCCGUUUAUGGAUUAUAUAAUUACGGAUGCCGUGACUUCGCCACUUAAACUGUCACACGCGUAUUCAGAGAAACUUGCUUAUAUGCCCCACACAUUUUUCAUCGGCGAUCACAUGCAAAUGUUCCCCCACCUGACCGAACGUGCUAUACUUAAAGGCAGAGACAGACCAAUGGAUCCUAGGAAAGACAAUGUUACCCUCGUAAAUGCAACCAAUCUUGAGCCAAUCAUGUCUAAAGCGGACGUUAAGGCACUUAUUCGUGAAGCAGAAGUGUUUCAUGGUCCCGAAAAGGAAAUCAGAGUUACCGAAGUCGUGGUGCCAGUACUCGAGGUGGCAACAACUGCAACCGUUGAGAAUAUGUUCACUACUGGUCAGGUUCAAACAUCACUCGAAGGUGUGCCGGUUCAAAAUGGGCUUACUGCAUUGACUCAAACACAUAUCAAAGCCGCCACAGGAGAGGAGGUUCCUCGUUCAAUUCUUGUCACCAGCAGGCGGCAGUACAAUCUUCCGGAAGAUGCGGUUGUCUAUUGCAACUUUAACCAAAUGUACAAAAUUGACCCACCGACUUUGAAGAUGUGGUGUCAGAUUCUGAUACGUGUGCCAAACAGCGUUUUGUGGCUUCUGAGGUUUCCCGCCCAUGCAGAACAAAAUAUAAUGCGCUUUUGUGAAGAGAGAGGUGUCGAUCCCAAACGUUUAAAAUUCAGCAACGUGGCAGCCAAGGAAGAACAUGUUCGUCGGGGUCAGCUGGCGGAUGUUUGUCUUGAUACGCCGUUGUGCAAUGGCCAUACGACUGGAAUGGAUAUUCUAUGGACUGGCACUCCGAUGCUUACACUUCCAAUGGAAACGCUUGCAUCGCGUGUGGCUUCUAGCCAACUAACCGCUUUGGGCUGUCCUGAACUUAUUGCAUCUAGUAGGGACGAUUAUGUGAACAUUGCAGUCCGGCUUGGAAACGACGCUGAAUACUUGCGGAGAAUUCGAGCCAAAGUGUGGAAAGUGAGGACCUCUUGCACGCUAUUUGAUGUAAAACAGUACUGCAAUGAUCUUGAAGAUCUGUAUUAUAAGAUGUGGACUCGAUACGAAGCUGGUCUUCCUCCCGAUCAUAUUGUAUCCUGA